AAUCAUCUUCUCCUGCCCUUCCUCUGGGUGUCGAUGAGCGUGGCUUUCAUCUUACCAGGACUGAUGCUUUUCCUUCUGAACAUGCUGAUCCUGUCGCAGCAUCGCGUCAUAGAGCAGAGACGGCGGGCAAUGAGGCUGCUCGCUAUCGGCCACGGUGGUCGACUGAUGUCCGUCACAAGUACACUGAACCUUGCCACCAUUAACCCAGGCCCCAUGAGGGGCACCGUAGUCGGGGACGGAGUUUUGGAGCCUCUGGGGCCGCACGGACGAUUCAAUUCUAUGCAUUUCGGCAUCGGUAGUUCUUUGUCGAGUGGGUGGUCUGGCGUCCGGGAACGUCUGUCAAGGCAUUCAAACCUAGAAGCUACGCCUGGACACGAUUGUGUGGUCUACAGGGGGCGGAACAACAACAUGGGAGAAGAGGACGAACUCGGGGAAAGUGUGGCGAGAAGCGAGACACUUCUGUUUGGUAGGUCUGUGCAGCAGAAAGAGGAUCGUAGACGCAACGCAGAGCGGGGCGACUGUUUGCCCGGGGACGAACGUCAGAACAGUUUGACGAGAAACGAGAACAGUUUGAAUAAUGCAAAUGAAAUGGAUUGUUGUGUACCGAUCACACAGCGAAACGAUCGCCUCGAACCGGACGGUUGUGUUCUGGAGGAGCGGCUGCUCAGGGAUAGCGAAGAGAAUAAGGCUGUGUCGGAUCAAAGAUAUAGCACGCAUGCUGAGACGCGCUGUGAGACGCAUGUUGCUGCUUCCAUUUCUACAAUAAACGACGGUUUAGAUAAAUAUAAGCAAGCGUGCAUUGGCGAGUGUAAAGAGAUUAACGUGCCCCAACAAGAGUUUGUUGUUGCAGGAUCCGGGAACGCGCCAACUUCGUUGACAUUAGAUUCUUCUUUUUACAAAAAAAUCACGUAUGGUAGCAUAAAUACUAAACAAGGACCGUACGUUCAUUUAGAUACAAACUGUUCGAUGAAUCGUGGCACUCCCUUUAAGCAAAAUACAGACAAUAGAACGGCAGAUCCGGACAGCGGUGCUGGUCCAACGCCGUCAAGUUAUUUGUUAAAUCCGCUGUAUAAUAUAAACAUAUCAGGAUCAUUCUUCAAGUUACCAUCGGGGAGCCAAAGGGGGCCAGACGAGCAGAAAGAACCAAACCCCAAAUCACAGGAAUCGGCCAACUUGAGUCCGUCUUCGGUCAGCUUUAAAAUCAUUGAGCAGAGAACGCUGACAGGGGCGGAGGAGGAGGCGAAGAACUACUCCGAGUCGUACCAAGAUAAAACUGGUCCGGGGGGCAGGGCCCGACUCUUGUCGUUCGCCGAGGCGUUGUCAGAACUGGGUAAUCAGACACCGGGCGAGGGGAAGAACAGCACACUGGACAAGGUGCGCGGGGGGCAGUCUGUGCUGGCCGUCGUCCUUCUCGCCUCCUUGACCUUCUUCAUCCUACAGACGCCGUUCGUCGUGUGGAGUCUGUGGGGCUUUCAGGUGUUCCCAGAUUCGAACCGUGGACAUGCCUGGAGGAUUUUGAGCUACAGCGUGGCUACGAUGCUGCUCAACACUACUCACGCGGUCAACUGUCUCGUGUACUGUGUGCUGGGCGUCAGGUUUAGGCAGGAACUCAUAAAGGUGGUCAACCAGUCCGCCAGUGUCAAGUCCCGUCGAAACACACAUCAUGAGUACAUGUAGUGAGGCCGA